AUGGCCCUGCUGAUGACCCCUCUGCUGACCCUGGCCGCGCUCUGUCUGGCCCCGACGGUGCGUGCCCGGCCGCUGUUGGACGCGGGCCCGCACGUCUACUACGGCUGGGGAGAGCCCAUUCGCCUGCGGCACCUCUACACCGCCAACAGGCAUGGGCUGGCCGGCUUCUUAUUCCUUCGGAUCCACCGCGACGGCCGCGUGGAUGGCAGCCGGAGUCAGAGCGCACUGAGUUUGCUGGAGAUCAAGGCUGUAGCUCUUCGGACCGUGGCUAUCAAGGGUGUCCACAGCUCUCGGUACCUGUGUAUGGGAGACGCGGGGAAGCUCCAGGGAUCGGUGAGGUUCUCUGCUGAAGACUGUACCUUUGAGGAGCAGAUUCGCCCUGAUGGCUACAAUGUGUACCAGUCCCAGAAAUACGGCCUCCCUGUCUCCCUCUGCAGCGACAGGCAGAGGCAGCUGUUCCAAGGCAAGGACUUCCUGCCUCUGUCUCAUUUCUUGCCCAUGAUCAGCUCCGUACCUCUGGAGGCUGAGGAGUCUGGGGGCCACAGAGAUGCCUUUGACCCUGAGAUGUUUUCCUCGCCCCUAGAAAUGGACAGCAUGGACCCCUUUGGCCUCGCCUCCAAACUCUCACCUAUAAAGAGCCCCAGCUUCCAGAAAUAAGUGAAGCCCCUGCCAGGAUUUGGAA